AUAUUUCCCGCGAAUAAUAAGAAACGUAGCAAGUGAGCAACACGUCGCUGCUGAGUACACGAUUUUUAUUAAUUUUAACUUAAACUUAGUGAAUAUGACUGAAUUUUUAAAAAGUUAAACGUAUAGUUACUGUGUCAGCUUUAUUGUGUUGGUUUCUGCAGUGCAGUUUGUACAAAAAUAAAUAUUGUUUAUAUUAUAACCUUUUAAUAUCAACUACUUCAACUACAUCUUAGAAAGUUAAUGAAAAAUGCAAGAAUCUGAAGAAACUGUGAUGCAUAAACCAGAAGAUGAUGGUCAAGAAUCUUCAAGUGACACACAAAUACCUUCCCAACCAGAUGUGCCCCAGAUGCUCCAGACUCACCUAUUGAUGACACUACAAAUAUAGUUGCACUUUCAAUCAAGAAGACAAAGAAAAGAAUAAUCAUGGAUAGUGACAGUGAGAAUGAAGAUGAUAAUAAUACUGAUAGGAAUAGUGAAGUUGAUGAAAACAUACAAUCACAACCAACAUUGCUUAAUAAUAGUGACCAAGAAGAGGAAUUACCAACAGAUGAGAAUCCAAAGAAGAAAACUUUUAAAUUAAUUGAUACAGACAGUGAACCAGAAGCAGACAAUGAAGAUAAUGAGCAAGAAACUCUGCAAGCACCUAUUUAUACAGUCAAUGAUAAGAAAGAAUUAGUUCCAGAAAGAAAUAUUGCUGAUGGUUUAGCAGCUCUCUGUGAUCCUGAAUCCUCUGAUGAUGAAAGGCAGAUACAACCAUUGGCAUACAAGAAAAAACCAAAGAAAAAAGGUGAAGAGCCAGAAGAAAAACGAAUGACCGCCAAGGAAGCAGCCGAGCAACGCAAAGAAAUCGAAUCGGUAUCACAGCGAAUGUUGCGAGAAUCGCAUGUUUCUCUGCCGUAUCACAAACCGAAGCAACGAAGUCUUAGAGAAUUCUUGCAGAAUCGACCUAAGUUUGCAAGUUCGGUUCCUUCUGAUAUUUCAAAAGUUCCGGCGGCAGUGGCUAUAAAAAUGAGCCGGGAACAGCUCGAUUUUGUUAGUAAGAAAAUACAAGAACGCGAAAAGCAAGUAGCAGAAUUUUAUAAAUCUGAAAGUGAAGAAGAGGAAGAAGAAUCUCAACCAACAUGUUCUGAAAACACUGAGACUGUUAUUGAGAAUUCAGAAGUUAUUGAGGAUAAUGCAGAAAAGGUACAAAAGGAAACUGAAACUGUGGAUGCAUCAGAAACACUCAAACCCAUUGCUAUCAACCAAACAGAAGAAACAAACACAGAUGAAAAUCAAAUGGAUGUUGUCAUGGAAAGUAACGAACUUGCUGAUAAACCUAUAGAAACAGUAGAAGUUGAAACUGAGGAAAAUAUGGAGACAGAAAUAAAUGAUGCAAAUAAAACUAAUGAAAGCGCAGCAAUUGACAAGGACGCCUCUGUGGAACUGCAAUUUAAUAUUUCUGAUUUAGAUGGGGGCGAAACCGAUGCAGUAAAUGAUAUUGUUCCAACGGAUGAAAUUAAUCCUACCAAAAAGUCAGCAUUACAGCUCUUAAAAGAUCAACUCGGAGAUACACAACCGAAACUUAGCGGUGCGCCAAAUUAUGUAAUAGAUUUAGAAGAAGGCACAACUCGCCUCGAUGAAGUGUCUCAACUUAUGCAACGAUUUGUUAAACAUACAACCAAGAAACCCGUACACAAGAAAGCAUCUGCAGUUGAGUUAGAUAUAAUGUGUGUUUCUCAAGGUGGUGAGAUUCAUAAAGAAAAAGUAGCCAUGAAGAUAGAAGACCAUGAAGAACCUGCUAUUGAAGAAAAGCCAGGUGUAAAAUAUCAAAAGUUGCGAAACGAUCUGCAAACUCAAAUGGCGCAACGUCGUAAUGAGGUGUGGAAGGAAAAACAAGCUAGAUUACAAGCCGAAAAGGAAGCAAAUGCUGAUGAUGAUGUUUAUAAGGAUGAACGGGAGGAUUGUGGAAUUGAUGAUAUUUUGGAUGACGAGGAAGAGGAAUUUUCGAAUGCUGGUUCCGAUGAGGAAGAUGAAGAAGAUGAUGCAGAUGGUGAAGAAGAGGACGAAAUUGAAGGAAAUGCAGGCGGUAUGUUGGCAAAUGAAGCUUCAGAGGAUGAUGAUGAAACUGAAGAUGUAGGUGAUGAAGAAGCAGAAGAAGAAGAGACGAAAAAAGUUGUGAAACAACAUCGGCGCAUUGUACAACCAGCAGACUCUGAUUCUGAUGAUGAAGAGAUUGUUAAACCUACUGAGAAGAAUAUGGAUUCGACUGUUUCGUGGCCUGAUGAUGAUGAUUUGAUAUCUGCUGGACAGACCAAAUCAUGUCGCACUCCUAAUAAACAAUCCUGCAUGCAAACCAAGUCUGAAUUAGGUUUCCUUUCGCCUGUUUGUCGCUUAACGGGCCUUCAAAGUUUUGAUGCAACGGGUAAAUUUCUGCAAAAUUCUCCAGGUUCACCUGCGAUUAAACUGAGUGAACCUUCACCUUGUAAAAGUCCCACAAGAUUUUCGAAGUCGCUUUUCUCCGAGUCGCCCAUGAAAAACACUCAAACACAGAAUUUAGAGGAAUUGUGUUCCGGUGCGUUUCCCACUCAACCUACCACCAUUAAUGACACUGAUGCCCAACCUGAUGCAAGCACUCAAGAUAUGUUAGAACUUUGUUCAGGUAAUUUUGGUUUUACUCAAGAAGAAACGCCGCAAUUAAAAAGUAAGACACCAGACAAGCAAGAAGUACCAAAAACAGUUCAGGAAGAUUUAACGGAAAAAGAAAACGUUGUUGAAAUUGAAAAGAAUACAGCUGAAGAGCUUCCAAUUGAUGAUGAUGAAAACGAUUUGAUAUCGCAAUUAAUAGAUGAAGACGAACUGGCGACUUUUAAGAAAAAGUUUGAGUCACCAUUGCAAAGUGCCUAUUCUGCACCUGAUGCCGAUGAGAGGAUAGCUCAAAAGAUUGCAUUCAAUGCGAUAAAUGAGGCUGAUUCUGAAGACAACUCCGAUGAAGACGAUGAAAUUAACAUGACAGUCAAGCGUAAAAAGAAUACGAUUAUGGAUUCAGACGAUGAAGAAGUUGCUAAAGAUGAUUUGGAGGAACAGAUAGAUUUGCAUGAUGGGGAUGAUGAUGAUGUUCAAGAUGAAAGCAAUGACGAAGUUGAUAAUCCUAAUGAAACUGAACUUGGGUAUGAUUCCGAAGAAAAUGAAAUUUUAGUAGAGAAAACUCAGAAAUCCAAGAAAUUUAAUCUAAAAGACUUUACUGAGCAUGAAGCCGAGUUGUCAGAGUCUGAAUGGGGCAGUGACGACGAAGAUGAACGACAUUUAGAUGUUAUGGAAUUGGAAGAAGGCGACAAAGAGCAGUUUGAUGAAACAGAGUUGCGCAACGACUUGGAGAAAAUACACAUGCGGCGUAUCUUGGACGAAGACAAGAAGGACUUAAAGGUGUUGCAGGAGUUGUACAUGGAUGAGGAUGAAGAGUUGAAGGGCGCUGGAAGGCAGAGGCAGUUCAGAUGGCGAAAUAUAGAUAAUGUUGAUAAUGACGAAUCGACCGCUCAAGAUCUUGAAUCUUCAAUAACAAAUGAAGAAGAAUGUGAAAACGAGGAGGAAUGGAGAAAGAAACGCUACGAGCGUGAAUUGUUCCUUCAAUCCCAAAAACAAAAUGGCGACGAAGAGGAUGACGAUACUACCGUGCCUUUAAUUGCGGCCAAGAGCCAAUUAUUCAAGUUGGGUCAACGUGCCGUCAUCAACAACAAGCGGAAUUUGAGUAAAGCAACUCAACCAGUUCAAAUUAAGCAAACUUAUGUAUCGAAAACACAACGCGGUUCUUUCCUUUCACGAAAUGAUGAAGUUCUUACAAGAGUUGCGGAAUAUACAAAAGUAAGCGAGGUUUUGAUAGGUGCCCCGAAAAACUCCCGGAACUUUGUAUUUCACGCCAAGACCACUGAAACUAGUACAUCAACGAGUAUUGAGGACAAGAAAAGAAAGGCUGGCGAAAUGGGAACACCAGCACAGUUGAAACGUUUGAGACUGAACGGAUUUAGUCCUGCUGAUCAGAAGAAGAAGGCCGAAUCCAGAACGAAAGCAAGACUAUUUUGUAAUAAGAAUAGUAAUCAAUGGUAGACGUUGGCUUGCCAACGGAUUAUUUUAAACUGCUAAGACUAGUUUUAUGUGAUUUUUUUUAUUUAUUACUAAGCAAAUCUCUGAAUUGAAUAUAUUAAAAUAUUAAAUUUAAA